GACAGCUUACCUUGCUCCAGGAGUAAUCUCAGACCUCCUAACAAAAUCUGCCUCAACCUCUGGGAAACUCUAGGAAUGGGAAGCAGCUUCCUCCUCAGCUCUCACAUCCAGGGUUUGCCUUGUUCCAGGAUGAUUGACAAUGUCACACUGGUCCCUCCUGAGAGUCCUGUCAUACUGUCUGGGUCCCUGGAAAACAGCAAACGCUUGAUCCAUGAACUAUUCAUCAAUGAAGAAUAUUAUCCCAAAAUCAUUCAGUGUAGGAUGUGCCACCUCCAGUUUCCAGGAGAGAAGUGUUCCAGAGGGAGAGGAUUUUGCAUCGCGACAGAAAAUGAGGUUUGCAUGACCGGGAGGAUUUUCAAGAGAGGAUUUCCAGAGCUGGAGAUGACAGUGAGGAGAGAAGGAGGAGGAACAGGCAACUUUGAACAACAUUAUACUCGGAUUAGAAGCAACAGAAAUUGUGGAAAUACACCAAACUACCAAGAAGUACAUAAAACUCCCUUUGUGCUUCCAAGUGUGAGGAAAAGUGAACAUUCUGGCAUUCUUCCAUAUAAGAAUGCUUCUGUACAGAUACUACAGGUUCAUGUUCAUAAGAGCUGUCAUAGCUGACAUGUCUCGUUGAGUAGGAAGGACAAUAAAGACAAAACCACCAAGGAUUCAGAUCUUGCAAGAAUGUGAGCUGGAGUAUGACACCAGGUCAGGAAGCCUGUGCAGCUGAGAUGCCAACAGAAGUGAGAGAACAGGAAAUACAAGUGUGGGAAUGCAGCUGUGAUGACCGACCUUCUCCGUUACACAAGUGGGGGUUGUGGCAACUACUUCAUAUUGCUUCAUCAUUUCAAUGAUCUCCCUUGGACCCCACUAGAAAGAGCCCUGGCAGUGGCUAUGUCACGGGUGGUGGUAGUAGUAUGGUUGAAUUGCUAUCACCUCCCAAGGAUGAGGUUACAAUAGGAAUUUUUGUACCCCCUGUGCUGCAAAUGUAAAGCUUCCACCCAGGUGAAAGGGAAUGAAUGCUGAGAGAUAAAAGGGGUGGGGGUGCUAAUUUUCUGCCAUUUACCUCUUCCAGAUCAAUUCUCCCCCUUUUCUACCUGCUGUCUGACCCGUAUGAUAUAUGGCCCCAAAGCCCCUGGGCUUUGUUUGAGCGUGGCCAGUGGGAAGCUUCUGCAGCUCAGUGGGAUGGAAUAGGAUCUCAGUAGUGUGAGGUCACAGUCCUUAGUCUCCAGGUUCCUGCUUGAAAACACGGCCUCAGGCUAACUCUGCCCCAACAAAAAGUCUCUGCUGAAUGAAUACUCUCUUUGCAUGUCCAGCAACAUCCUUCUUCCCCAGUUCCUGUGAAUUAGGGAUGCUGACAAUCCAAAUGCUUCCUCAAUUCCUGAACUAGCCUGAUAGUUUCCUUAUUUCUUGCACAAAUCUAUAUAAUUAGACUCUUUAUACAUACCUAUUGAAUUUUUUACUAAAAUUUCUUAUUUCCUGCUUGAAACCCAGUGGUACCAGUGAAGUUCUCAGGAUUUUGGCUAAAAAUCUUGAGACAGGCAAUCAAACAAGGUGUGCUGCCCAAGGUGGAUGCCAUGAAGCAUGAAAAACAAGAGUUUUUAGGAGUUUCAGAGCUUCUCUUACUGUUUCCAAUAUGUUUUGGUCUUUGGUUUUCAACAGUUUUACUUUGUGCAUGGGUGGUUCUAUUUGAGUUUAUCUUACCUGGAAUUCAUUUAUCUUCUUGGAUAUGUAGAUUAAAAUUUUUCAUCAAAUUUGCAUAUUUGUGGCUCUUGAUUCCUUCAAAUAUUCUUUCUGCUCUUUUUUCCACUUCUCUUCUUCUGAGGCUCCCAUUGUGUUGGUGCACUUGAUGGUGUCUCACAGGUCUCUGAGGUUUUAUUCAUUUUUCUCCAUUCUUUUCUUCCUAGUUCUCAGACUAGGGGAUCUUGACCUGUUUUAAGUUCACUCAUUCUUUCCUCAAUUAGCUCAAAUCUUUUGUUCAAUCCUUCAAGUGGGUUCAACAAGUAUCAGUUAUUGUAGUUUUUCAUUGUAGAAUUUAUAUUUGAUUGUUUCACAUGAUUUCUGUUUAUUUAUAGUCUGUGUUUGGAGAGAUACUGUAAGCUACUUUCCCUUAUUUUUUUUUUUUUAGACAUGGUUUCCUUUAUCUUUUUUGAAGAUAUUUGUCAUAGCUGACUUAAAGCUUUUUGUGGAGUCAGUCCAACAUAAGCUUUCCCCUGUGUAUAAGUCAUGCUAUUCCUUUGUAUGUCUCAUAUUUUCUUUUGUUGAAAACUGAACAUUUUAAAAAACAUAAAGUGGCAA